CGCACUCGGUUAUAGUGCCUGAGACGCCGGUCCCAGGGGCACGAGAAGGAGAGACACUCGGCGUAGAUUUUUUUCUGCCGAGCGCGCGAUCCAAACUCGACGGAUCCUAAUCUCGUCCGUAGAUUAAACAUUAAGUCCGUGACGAUGACGAUCGUCUCCGCGGUUUUCAUCGUCUCCCUAGCUGUCACCUUAAGCGACGCAGCCUCGAUCGGGUAUGGCGCCGAUGAUAAUUCCGGACCCGAGGAUCUCUGUGACAGCAAGGUUUACUGCGAAGGACCGCUGCUGAAAACGGUGCAGCUCGCCGGGAUUUUUAAUGACAGCAAAACCUUCGUUGAUCUCUACCAGCUUAACGAUCCGAACGUAACUCUGAACAAUUUUAAUAUCUUGAUGAAAGCAACCAACAACUCGCCUAAUCGCUCUGAGGUGGCCACGUUCGUCGCCGAGAACUUUGUCAUGCAAGAUGAACUGGAUAACUCAACGUUAUCGGAUUGGAAGGAGAAUCCAGCCAUCCUAAAAUCCAUUCAAGAUUCGCAGUUCCGCGAGUGGGCGAGACGUUUGAAUUCUAUUUGGGAAACUCUAGCUAGGAAGAUAAAAGAUGACGUGAUGAUCAAUCCGGAACGACACAGCUUGAUUUACGUGAAUAACACUUUUGUCGUUCCCGGAGGACGAUUCAAAGAAUUUUAUUAUUGGGACAGCUACUGGAUAAUCGAGGGACUCUUAUUAUGUGAUAUGCCUGUCACCGUUAAGGGAAUGAUCGAGAAUUUUUUCUCCAUGGUGAAGAGAUACGGUUUCGUUCCAAACGGCGGUAGAGUUUAUUACUUGUCGCGAAGCCAACCGCCUCUAUUGAUACCGAUGGUCGCGAAAUAUUACGACUAUACCAAGGAUCGCGAAUUUCUCAAGCAAAAUAUAGCCAUUCUUGAGAAGGAAUUCGAAUACUGGCAAAACGAGAAGAUGGUAAACGUAAUGAAGGACGGUAAGACUUACAGAAUGGCGCGUUACGUGACAAACAGCAAUGGUCCGCGACCAGAGAGUUACAAGGAGGAUUACCGAUUGGCGCAAGCAUUGCCGGAGAAGGAGCGCGGGGAGCUUUACAACAAUUUGAAAGCUGCGGCUGAGAGCGGCUGGGACUUCUCCUACAGAUGGUGCAUACGAAUCGACAGGAACGCCAAUCUCAGUCUCAUUAAUGCCUCGACGAGCGACAUUAUACCCGUCGAUUUGAAUGCGAUAUUACAGCGGAACGCCCGGUUGCUUGCUCGUUUUCACGGUGUCCUGGGCAACCUACAAAAGGUCUUGCGUUAUUCCAAGAUUGCCCUGGACUAUCAAGCUGCCAUCGACAAUGUCCUGUGGAACGAGGACGAGGGAAUCUGGCUUGAUUAUGAUGCGAGGAAUAAACAAUCCAGAAAUGCCUUCUAUCCCUCGAAUUUGUCGCCGCUCUACACAAUGAGCUACAAUCGGAAUAAGAGCACCUAUUAUGCCCUGAAGGCUAUUUCCUACCUCAAAAGAAAUCGGGUCGAUUUGUACUUUGGUGGCACGCCAACUUCCGCAAACUAUACCGGGGAACAAUGGGACUUCCCUAACGCGUGGCCGCCUUUGCAAUCCUUUUUGGUCGUGGGUCUUUAUCGAACCGGGAUGAAAGAAGCGAUGGACCUAGCCGAGACAUUGGCCGGCAGAUGGCUCAGAUCGAAUUAUAUUGGUUACGAUGAAUACGGCAAAAUGUUCGAGAAGUACAACGCGAUACAUCCCGGCGAGGGUGGCGGCGGUGGCGAGUACAGCGUUCAGGAAGGCUUCGGAUGGACAAACGGCAUCGUCUUCGAGUUCCUUCGUCUUUUCCCGGACGUCCAGUCCUCGGACCAGUUUAGCAAUGAUAUUAGUAGUUAAUGCACGUGGUCAGAUAAGUAGCUAAUUGAGCUUAGAAGUCAGCGUUAGCGCGUUCUCUGUAAAAAUAAGUGCUACGAAAAGAAAUCGAUGCGGAUCUUCAUCGAAUUUCCAUGUCAAUUUCUUUUUUAAAAAAAAUUUAACUCUUAAUUUUUAAAAUGAAGGAUUGACUUGUGAGCAUAUUUUUUUAAAUUAUUAACAUAGUUUCUUGGAUGGAAUACAAUUUAUUUCUCUAUCCUCUUUAAUCACCGGUGUUGUUGAAGAUAAUUAAUUUUCAAUUUUUUUAAUAUUUAACAAAAUUUAUGAAUCCUUAAAAAAUAAAAAAGAAAUAUACAUAAAUAUCAGUUUUGAGAUAUUACACAAUAUUUCGAAGCGAAACUUAAUAUCGAUUUUAUAAAAGUGAGUAUAUUAAGAUAAAUAAUUAACUUAGAUAUUGUUUCCCAAAACCGGGGAACAUAAUAUGACAAAAAAAAAACUAAAGGUUCUAAUUUUUACAGCUAUUAACAAAUCUAAUUUCUACAGGAACAUGAAAUUUAUCGAAAAAUAUAAAUGUAGAAGAACAUAUGCUUUAAGUAAAAAUCUAGGUAUUAAAUAAUUAUUAAAUGUUUAAUUAAAAGAUAAAACGAAAUACUUUGUAACGAAUCUAGUCCACAAGGGAAACCUUGCAAGGGCAGCGCAAAGAUAACCCCACCGUGCUUUCAGAUUUUUGAAUACGCAGUAAUAAGUUUCAAUCAUAAGAUACGCAAAAGAGUUGUAAUCGGUAGGAAUAAAAUAUUUAUUUUAAUUUUUAUCAUUGCUAGAAUUAAUAUAUAAAACAUAUUAAAAUUACGGGGAAACGGAGAUGUUCAAUGUUCUGAUGAUCGCGAUCACUUGCAAUGCAAUAUUAAAUUAGCACAAGAGUCGAGUUACCUUCUUUUCUUCGUCGUUGCAUUUUCAAUUACAAAUUGCUAAUUUAUUUCCUUUAUUGUCUAUGCUAUGAGAAAAUUCUUUUCUCGAAAAUAGCUGGACGGAGAUAUUCGAUUUACGAUACGAGAUUGAAAUUCUUGAAACUGAAAAUUCGUAUCACAUCAAAUUACUACUCUUUUGCGAUUAAAGAAUAAGAGAGAAGUUGGUCUAAUUAACGUAGCCAUUAAUGUCAAAUAAAUAUGAAUUAUACUA